AUGUUCCCAAAUACAAAAUCACACGCUGAAGUUGCCUAUAAUGAGAAGAUGAUAAAAACAGACUUUGAUCUGACACACAAUGAUAAAGCCUCCAUUGUAAAUGCUGUUGUUGCUACGCCAUUCAAUCGUUAUGAAAAUGUUAGAACAACAAUCACAAAGACUGGAAGUUUGGAUGACUUCACUGCAACAGUUGAAGUUUUGUACAGCUUAAAUUGGACUGCUUCUUUGAAACACAAAUAUUCAGCCAAUGAGAUUCACACCGCUGCCUUAUUGAAGGCACCCUAUCUUCCAGAUACUGUUUCUCUAGGAUUUAACUACACUGGAAAAUUAACAGACUUUUCUGCCAAUAUCGAUUACAUUCUCAACCCUAAUUAUCGCACACUUAGUGAGGCUAAAUUCAAGUAUAAUUUCCCAGAGGUGUACCUCUUGUCAAAGAUGACAACAGCCAUUGAAAAAGAUGUCAGAGUCAAUGAAGUGCUGUUGAGGCAUACCCAGGACUUUAAGACAAAUGAAGUUGCCAAGGUUUCAUCACAGUUCCUAGCAAACAUAAGAGAAAAGAAAGUAAACGUAGACUUCAAUAUGAAUUACAAUGGAAAAAAUUCUGCGAUUGCUUUGUGGUCAUUCAAUACAAAUCUUACUGUAGAAACCCCACAACCUGACUUUGCAAAGAGUGUGUUGGUUUAUUCUCUUGUGUCCGAAAGUGACUUUAAACAACAGCAACACCUUGUCUUUGAGACACCAAUGCUAGAAAAGUUAACUAUGAUUGACUCAAACACCUUUGAUGAACAGACAAUUACAAGGUCACAGAAAUGGAUGUACGGAGGGGAUUUGUUCAGUCAAGAGCAGUUCUGGCAGAAAGGCAGAUACACCUACUCAAUCACCACACCAUUUAAAGGGUAUGAGGAAACUCGAAUGGAACUACGAUACUCUGAGUUUAACGAUUGGAUGAACAAACAGCCAAUCAGUGCAGACUUAUCUUUUACAAGCUCAAAUCUGUCAGCUCCUGUAAAGAUGGCUGCAAAUGCUGUCAUAGAUGCCCCUAAUGGCGCCUUCAAUGCGCUCAACUUUUCGGCUGUGACAACCUAUGCCAAAGACCAGAAACAUACCUUUGACUUAGCUUACAAGCCUGGUUAUGCCAACAGUAAAAUGACAAGUACUAAGCAGGGAUAUGAACUGUCAUCGGCUGAACUGAGCUAUUCACUGGAAAAAGUAAAUGGCAUCAUUAAGAGUUCAAUGCUAUCAGCACCAGUGGAAUAUUCUGGGAUUACCAAACUCCGAACAUGGAAGGAUUUUGUGAUCACUCAUAAAUUUACCAGUCCAUUUGAGUAUGUAAAGCAUGCUGAAUUCCAAGUGCAAAAUCAAGUGGUAAGUGGGGAAAACAAGCCAGGUGUUUUACUGAAAUACAUAGGUGCAGGAAAGAAGGAUCAAGUGUUUUCUGUGAAGCCAUCUUGGACUUGGAAGGUGCGGGAUGCAGGGAACAUGAAAAUGUCUACAGCGCUCAGUAUGGAAUCACCCUUUGAACAGUUUAACAACCUUGAUAUCAGCUGGGGUCAUGAGCAUGCUAUUGCACCUUUGAGAAUUAAAGAGUCUGCUCUUGUGAAGUUCAAUGACAAGAAAUACCUUGAUCUGGAAACUGAGUUUGGUGCUUUGAACAAAAUGUUGGGCGUGAUUGCUGUGCACGCUCCGCGCCAGAUGGAGUUCAGUUUCACAGGUGUCAAUGAAGGCGAGAGUGUGAAUGGUGACCUUAACCUAAACUGGGACAAACAGAACUCCAACAGCAACUUCAGAAUGCAGUUUGGUCUAGCAGACAGUGGAACAAAGAACUCUAUCAAGAAAGAUUUCAGCAUUCGCUUCACACAUCCUGGCCGCAUUGUAAGUCUACGCAAUGGUUACGAAAAUUCUGAUGGAAAGAUUUCUAGCUUAGGAAAUAUUUUCUGGGAUGAAGAAAAGAGACAGGGCGUUUCUUAUGACGCUUCUUACACUAAACUGGUAAUCCGAGGUGUGGAGACCCAUAGUUCGACUGUAACUGUAACCUUACCAACCAGAAAGAUUGAAGUGAGUGGCUCCUCUACAAGCAAGGGAAGUAAGCAGGUUGCAUCUGCUAAAGUUUACUGGGAUGCCAAUAAUGAUCCCCUGAAGGUUGUUGAGGUCAACUUUGAGAUGAACCCUACUGAUGUCAAAAAAGCAGCGUUGAUCACCGUCAAACUGCCCAGCAAAAACAAGGAAGUUUCACUGAGUACAGAGCUGGCUGUUAAUGACGGGGUGCGCCUACUUGAUGGAGAGACGAGAUUCACAUAUUCGCCUGAUGCUGAUAAAACUGUCGUGAUGAAAUACACAAUCCAGCAGACAGAUUCUAGCUAUAGGUCCAGUUGGAGUGUUGACCAUGUUGCCACGGACACCCACAUGAAGAUGACCUCUGACCUGUCUAGCUCAGACACAGUAACCAAGGGCGACCUGUCCGUCCUUUACAACUCACAGCAGGCUAACACACUGGCCUUCAACCUGCAGGGACAGCUGAACAUGGAACAGAAGUCUGCCAGUCUGCAGGUUGGCUCAUCUGUGGAGAAGGCCUCCAUAUCUGCUAAGCUCAGCACAGAGUCCCCCUACAUGGUCACCGUGGAAACUGCCCGCAACACAGUCCCAACAUGGAGGUCUGUCUGGAGGGUGGACACAGCCGCACGCUCCCUGGACGUUUCUGUGACAUAUGACAACAUGAAAGGUCAAGUUGUGACCAAGGCGUUCUUCCCCAAUGAGACAAGGUUGGUUUCGGAGACCAGCACUUCACGAGACGCAGCCUCCACCCAGCAGGCUAGACUGGUGUCUGAACUCAAUGAUAGACAUCUGCACGCUAAAAUGUCUUGGAGAAAAGACUUGUUCUCUGACAUAGCUAACUAUGGUUCAAGUACAGUGAAAGGUGCAGUAUCCGAAAUGAGUCCAGUAAUGCGGCAGAGCUUCAACACUCUUAGCAAUACACUCCAAGAUAAACAGAAGGCCAUUGCAUCAAGCAUGAGGGAGGAAUUGUCACCAAUAAUUGACACAUACAAAGAAGAGAUUAAAGUCCUUGAGAGAGAGGUUUCAAAGAUGAGGCAAGAGCUGAGGAGGAUGUACAAUAACAAUGAUCUAUACAUGAAAGACGUAGAGAAAUGGUUCCUCGCAGCAGCAGCAAGGGCUAUCGAGGCUAACAAUGCGUUUGUUAUCCGCAUGGAGACUGUGUACCAACAAGGGAGAGCAGUGCUGGAUAGGGCCUACAACGAGCUGAAUUCCUACCCGUACCUUGAGAAAUAUCGCACUUUAGCCAGAACAGCUGAGAAUUCUUUGAAGGAAGCCAAUGAAGUGUUGAUAAAGGAAUUGAAUCUUGCCAUCCAGAAAGUUAUGGAAGGACUCAACAAAAUUGCUGGCGUGUACGAUGAAAUGAUCACCAACAUAUCACAGGAACUGAUAAAGCUUCUGCAGGCCCUUGUGAAGGAGUUCACACUGGCCCCGUUCAUGGCGGACAUAGAGGCGGCCAUUGUGCGUCUCCAGGCAGACUUGAGACUCAGCGAGGCUGCCAAGGCCAACAUGACACGGGCUCUGGAACAACUACAGCAGAUGCUAAAUGAGGUGCUGAACACAAAUGAUUUGAUGGAGAGUUACGAGGCAUUCAGUGAGGGGUCACAGAGGAUCCUUAGGGAGCACUUUGGCAAUCUUGCUGACAACAAGGAUGUACAGGACAUCAAGAAGGCAUUGCAGCUCAUGUACCAACAGGUACUGAAGAUACACCAGUUCUUAGAAAAGAACCUUUCUGCUAAGGAUAUGGUGGAGACAGUACUGCAGAUGCUUCGAGACCAAGUCCUCAGUGACUUUAAGCAGCUGCCCCUGGGUCUGCUUGACCUUCCAAAGUCCAGGGUCACAACCUUUGACCUUGUCAAUGGCAACGUUGAGUUUGACCUCUAUCUUCCAAUACCGAUGGAAAAUUUUGAGGAUGCGAUGAAAUUCACUAUGAGUGGCUACCUCUCCAAGCUCCAGGGUCUUGCUGAUAAGUAUUUCCCGCGUGGUGAUUUCUGCCUCUGGGACUUAUACUACAGACUGCCACCUGUACGCUGGAGUGCACAGAAGGACUGGAUACCACCAUUUGAUGCUGUGGGCACGAUAUCGGGAAAGCAGCACAUCAUGACAUUUGAUGGACGCCACUAUGACCUCGCUGGUCUCUGCAGCUACAUGCUGGCCGCAGACCUCGUCAACAACACGUUCAGCGUGAUCCUCAGGUACGAUGGGAAUCAGAAGGAUCUCAAACCACAGUCCAUAGUCGUGAUGGUGGAUGGCAGGACCAUAGAAAUCUCCAGCAGCUAUUUGAUGAAAGUCGAUGGGAAACCUGCUGAGAUGCCAUAUACUGCAGAUGGAUUGAGUAUUCUACGCAGAGGUCAGUGGGUGACCUUGGACAGUGCUCAAGGUGUCAAGGUCGUGUCAGACUUCAGCAACCAGUAUCACAUGGUGCAUCUCAGCGGAUGGUACUUUGGAAAAGUUGGUGGUCUCUUUGGAAACUUUGACAACGAGCAUUAUAACGACUGGACAAAACCUGACGGCAGCUUGGAAACUCAAGACAGGAAGUUGCUGAACUCAUGGGAGGUUGCCGGCACGUGCAGGCCCCAAAUGCAGCGAGUCGUCAUUGAUGAUGAUGUGAAGACUCGCAAUGAUCAGUGUACCGAGGUGUUUGACUCAAGCCUGUCCAAUCUGAGGCCAUGCUUCCUGAUGGUGUCUCCAAACCCAUACCGCCAGAACUGUGAUGUGAGUCCUGGUGACGUAUGCAAGCAGGCAGCUCUCUACAGGGAGAUUUGUGCCGGACAGAAUAUUGAUGUGGACCUGCCCCCGCAGUGUGUGAAGUGUGCUGCGAGUGGGGAUGCGUCUGGUACAGUCAAGUAUGGCGCCGGGGGUGACCAGCCUGCCCCAGUAACCAUGGAUACUGUGUUUAUUGUGGAGGAGGCUCCUUGUAACAAGAAUAUCCAGGACAAACUGAAGGACAUUGUCAUCACACUGGACCAGAAGUCCGUAGACGCAGGUAAGCAGGAGAACAGGUACAGCUUGGUUGGUUACUAUGACGGCACUCCUACGACCUACACGAUUGAAGGCCAGCUCUUCAACCAGGCCGUGAAGUUCGCUAAGGGGGUGGAGAACUUGCGCUUCAAUGGUGUACAAGGCCGAACCUCUGACCUCCUUUCUGUACUUCAACAUGUGACUUCAUUGCCAUACAGGCCUGGUGUGAAGAAGACGGUGGUUUUAGUGAGUUGCACUCCAUGUGAUAUCUACAAGGACUUCUCGUACCACCAACUAAGGACUCUGCUGCGUCAACAGGACAUCAGCCUCCACGUGUUACGAGACUCUGGCUUCAACCUCCAGACAAACAGGGCACCACAGAACCACAUCUUCGGCAUGGACAAUGAGAAGCUUUUCGCAGGACAGUCAGUAGAGCCUGACCUGUACCAGGACAUGGAAAAGCCAUCAGACUACUGUGCUUCGCUAGCUCUAGAGUCCAGGGGAGCCGUGUUCGACUCUAGCAACCUGCACGCAGGAUCCGUGAAGCAUCAGCGAGAUUUCAUUGGACAGUUUGGAGUGAGGUUACAGCAGCAGAAUGAGCCUGUCUGUCAGGUGUGCAACUGCGAACUGGAUUCAACUGGCUCUCCUGUCACGGUCUGUAGAAGGUGCGACUCUCAGCCAAUCAACUUUCAGCCACCAACAACGAUGAUCAAGAAGUUGACAGAGUACAAAAAUGCACUGACACAGAACAUCCAGGCACUGCUUUAUUAGCAAGAAGAAAACAUUGAAUAACAACAGCAUGACUGUACAGUUGAACCGACCUAAAGUGUACAUUUUUUUCAAGUGUUUUCUAUGAUACUGACAUUUGUGUAUGGUUUGAACUUUUAGAUGGCAUUACAAAAUAAGAACUGAAGACAUUAGAAAUAUUCAUUUUUAAUGUUUACUAAUGUAUGUUGAUACUUUACUUAUGUUUAUUAUAGGUUUCUUUUUUUUUCAGAUUUUGAUUGUGUUUUGUUUUCAAUGUGUUUUUUUUUUUCUCUUCUCCUUUUUUCAUAUUAGAUAUGCUUAAAUGUGUUGUAUAGUAAAUCAUAUUUCUUUCGUGAUGACAUAAUGUAAAAUAAAAAUUAAAUACAUUUUUUGUAAAUUGUGAGCUUUGUAUCUUAAUUCUACUUUUGUUACCUUAUAGGUUCCUUUUUUCAGAUUUUGAUUGUUUUUGUCUUUUCCUUUUUUCAUAUUACCUCUGUUUGAAUAUGUUGUAUAGUAAAUCAUAUUUCUUUCAUGAUGACAUAAUGUCAAAUAAAAAGCAAUACAUUUU